AUGGAAGGGAAAAAUGGCAACAGAAAAGGCCGGAGAAGCAAGGGUGUUGAGAAGGCUGCCAGCGACGAUUACAGUGUUCCGGUGGCCCCAGAAGAUCUCAGAGAGAGUUGCCCUCCUCUUGGCUUGGAAACCUUGAAAAUCACAGACUUCCAGCUCCAUGCCUCCACAACAAAGCGCUAUGGCCUCGGAGCCCAUCGGGGGAGACUCAACAUCCAGGCAGGCAUUAACGAGAACGACUUUUAUGACGGGGCAUGGUGUGCGGGCAGGAACGACCUCCAUCAGUGGAUUGAAGUGGACGCUCGGCGCCUGACCAGGUUUACAGGAGUCAUCACACAAGGAAGGAGCUCGCUCUGGCUGAGUGACUGGGUGACAUCCUAUAAAGUCAUGGUGAGCAAUGACAGCCAUUCCUGGGUCACUGUUAAGAAUGGAUCUGGAGACAUGAUAUUUGAAGGCAACAGCGAGAAGGAGAUCCCGGUGCUCAAUGAGCUACCCGUCCCCAUGGUGGCCCGCUACAUCCGCAUAAAUCCCCAGUCUUGGUUUGAUAACGGGAGCAUCUGUCUGAGGAUGGAAAUCCUUGGCUGCCCCUUGCCAGAUCCUAAUAACUAUUAUCACCGACGCAAUGAGAUGACUACCACUGAUGACCUGGAUUUUAAACAUCACAACUAUAAGGAAAUGCGCCAGUUGAUGAAGGUUGUGAACGAAAUGUGUCCCAAUAUCACCAGAAUUUACAACAUUGGAAAAAGCCACCAGGGCCUAAAGCUAUAUGCUGUGGAGAUCUCUGACCACCCCGGGGAACAUGAAGUUGGUGAGCCGGAGUUCCAUUACAUCGCUGGAGCCCACGGCAAUGAGGUGUUGGGCCGUGAGCUGCUGUUACUGCUACUGCAGUUCCUGUGUCAGGAGUACCUGGCCCAGAAUGCACGCAUUGUGCACCUGGUAGAAGAGACCCGGAUCCAUAUCCUCCCCUCCCUCAAUCCUGAUGGCUACGAGAAGGCCUGCGAAGGGGGCUCAGAGCUGGGAGGCUGGUCCCUGGGACGUUGGACUCAUGAUGGGAUUGACAUCAACAACAACUUUCCUGAUUUAAACACACUGCUCUGGGAGGCAGAGGAUCGUCAGAAUGUCCCAAGGAAAGUUCCCAACCACUACAUUGCCAUCCCUGAGUGGUUUCUGUCUGAAAAUGCCACGGUGGCCAUGGAGACCAGAGCAGUCAUCUCUUGGAUGGAAAAGAUCCCUUUUGUGCUGGGUGGCAACCUGCAGGGGGGCGAGCUGGUGGUGGCAUACCCCUAUGACAUGGUGCGGUCCCCGUGGAAGACCCAGGAGCACACCCCUACGCCAGACGAUCACGUGUUCCGCUGGCUGGCGUACUCCUAUGCCUCCACUCACCGUCUCAUGACAGAUGCCCGGAGGAGGGUGUGCCACACAGAAGACUUCCAGAAGGAGGAGGGAACCAUCAACGGUGCUUCCUGGCAUACCGUUGCUGGAAGUCUGAAUGAUUUCAGCUACCUUCAUACAAACUGCUUUGAGCUGUCCAUCUAUGUGGGCUGUGAUAAAUACCCGCAUGAGAGCGAGCUGCCUGAAGAGUGGGAGAACAAUCGAGAAUCUCUGAUCGUAUUCAUGGAACAGGUUCAUCGUGGCAUCAAAGGUAUGGUGAGAGAUUUACAUGGAAAAGGGAUUCCCAAUGCCAUUAUCUCCGUAGAAGGCGUUAACCAUGACAUCCGAACAGCCAGUGACGGGGAUUACUGGCGCCUGCUGAACCCAGGAGAGUACGUGGUCACUGCGAAGGCAGAAGGCUUUACCGCCUCCACCAAGACCUGCAUGGUUGGCUACGACAUGGGGGCCACGCGGUGUGACUUUACGCUCAGCAAGACCAACCUGGCCAGGAUCAGAGAGAUCAUGGAGAAGUUUGGGAAGCAGCCCGUCAGCCUGCCCGCCAGACGACUGAAACGACGGGGAAGGAAGAGACGGCAGCGUGCGUGACCCUCCAGGACCCUUGCGAUGCCUCCCAGACCCUGCAAAGGAAAUCUACCCCAGUAGUAGCUCUGUAGAGGACCUGCUCCCUGUUUUGUCUGUAAUUCAAGGAGCCCCUGGGAGCAGGUGCACAUUGCUAUGCAGGCCCGGAGGGUCUGUCCCCAUUUAUCCAAAGACCUUGGAUAGAGCAGCAGAGAGCAGCUGGUGGGAGAAAGUCAACCUGGGACUCUGAGAGAGAGAGAGAGGAGGCUCCUGGCAGCCCAGGAAAGAAAACCAGCCCCACUCUAUCUCCCCACCUCCCUUCCGUGACAUCAAGAAUUCCCCCGUGCAUUGUGCAUUUGCAGUUGGCACGGCUGACAUUGCAGACCCCUGCUGACCCUGUGUUGCCAUUUGAGAAGCUCUCUAUCCCCUGGCCUGGGGACAUGCCGGGCUGCUACAAACACAUUUGUCGUUCUGUUGACAAUAGAGGCUUUACUAAGUGAGCAUCAGCGUGCCCCAUGAAUCAGCUUAGUUUUCUUUUUUGUAACAAAGGUCAUGUCCAUCCUAAGGGAGAGUGCAGAGAUAAUUUGAGAGGGAUUAUUGGCUAGCGGGCCUCAUGGGGCUUGUUGCGUGCAACUCCAGGAACCUUGCUUCCCCUUCUCCCACCCCACCCCCACAACUCCCUGCUGGUCCAGUCAUCCCAGAGGCUCUGCAAUUGGGAGAGCCUAGUGUGUCAGCAUUCCGAAGGGCCAGGCAAGUGAGCCUGAUCUCCUCUGAGGCUGGCUAGGACUUGGAAAGUGAGAGGAGGAGGCUGACCUGAGCAGGGCUUGUCUUGUGGGUGUGGGCUGCCCCUCCAAGGUCUCCUCCGAGGUAGCCCUGCUUGGCUCUUUUCAGAAACAAAGAAUCCCACACGUUUUCGAGUUUUUCUUCUGCAUUUGUAGCUAAGAGAAGUCAGAAAGCCACACACUGAUGGCUUUUCAUGCAAUAACCCACCCUCCCAAGAUGGUGGAGGGGAGUUUUCUGAUGUGUAGAAUGCCAGUUCUCCCAAGUUAGGCAACAAAUAUUGGGUGAAAAACGCUUAGGAUUGUCUUGUAGAGCACUGGUUUGGGAAGGGUUCAUGACUUAAUCAUCAAUCUACGGAAACAGUUUGUAUCUCACUUUUUCUUCAUGUGGCUGCCUCCAUGACUCGAAAAGAGCGAAAAAGAAAAUAAAGAAAGCAAAUGGUAGUGAU